CACACUUCCUGUAUCGAUCAGUCCAGGAAAUGUGUCCGUGUUUGUCUCAAGCUAAAGCAGUCCUCGACAUGGAACACGGUCGCUAUGGCAACAACCCCUUCGGAACCCUCGGCGACAGCGGGCGGAAUGUUCUGGCCCUGAACGUGCUGUUGCUAGGCGACCGGCAGAGUGGGAGGAGCUCUGUGGGGAAUGCUCUGAUUGGUGGAGAGGAUUUCCAAACAGGCGCCUGCGUUUCUGAUGUUUCCGUGACGACCGACUACCAGCGCCGCAGCCGAAACUUCCAGAGGUACUUCAGACGACAGGGGGCGGAGUCGGACCUCACGCUGAGAGUGGUUGACACGCCCCCUGCGGCUGUGCCCCGCCCACAGAGCGGCGUGCAGGAGCUCUGCCCCGAGGGCGUGCACGUUCUUGUGCUCAUUGUGAGAGCGGACCGACCGCACGGCGACACACACCUGGAGGAGCAGGUUGAGACUCUUUUCGGUCCUGAAUGGCGGCGUCACGCUUUGCUCGUUCUCACGUAUGCUGACUGGCUGAAGGAGGCGGGGCUUCACCAGUCAGUCUACCUAACGCAGGCCAGUGAUUGGCUGAGAGCUCUGGCUGAGGAGGUGGAGGGAGGAGUCUUCUUCUUGGACAACAGCUGCGAUUGGCCGUCAAUCCGAGGACGACCGCUGAGAGACCGACUGCUCCGCCUCUCGGCCAGCAACCAUCACAGAGCUCUGACCGUCAGGACGUCUCACUUUGGACUUUAAACAGGAACUUAUCGUUUAUUAUUAUUUUUAUUUAUUCUUUGCGCUCUACACAUCUUUACGGAGGCCGAUUACAGUUUAUUUUGACUUCUGAGUUUAAAAUCUGAAGAUUAAACACACAUUGUAGAGGGGGGACUUCCUUUCUUCAGGUUAUAUGUAGACACAGGUUAUUGUGGUUUCUUUUUUAUAAUCAAUAAACAAAAGUGAUGCAACUGAAAUUAAA